AUGUUCCCUCGCCAGAGUCCGUGUGGCGUUCCCCCUUUCCCCUGUAUCCCCCUAUAGCCCCACGGUACCCAAUGGGUGUUUAGGCCUUCGUGGUAGUUGGAGUAUAUAAAAAAAAACGGUACCCCAUGGGUGUUUAGGCCUUAGGACUUCGUGGUGAUUGCAGUAUAAAAAGAAAACACCAUUUUGUAGUAGGUAGAGUUAUUGACUUUAUAUUCUAGGGUUACAAAGAAAUCGUCAGGAGCUUCAAAAUGAUGUGCCACAAGACCCCCGUUUUCAUAUAAUUUUUUUCCAAGACGGCGCCAAGCGGCCAUCUUGAUAUUUUCAUCUGUCAAUUUUACUCUAAAAUAUGUUAUCCACGCAUCAUCGCAUCGCAUCAUUAACUCAAUUUUUAUUUUUUUGAAUUGAUCCGUACAAAAAAUGAAAGGGGAGGGGACAUUAAAGAAAAGCACGUCAUGAAAGUCGAAGCCUCUUUCAUUCAUCAUUGAGAAGUAAUUCCAUGUGGCCUUAUCGUGCACUAACCUUUUUUUUCGCUAUAGUCUGGUGGUGGUUCAUAAUCUGGCGGAUCAUCAGGCGCUACUCAAGUCAAAUAUCCGUAAUGACAGUAUCCGAGGUGGCUAUUGCAACAUACGGUACGGAUCCAGAAACAAAUGCGUAUUACUCUCGUUUGCCAAUAUUUAAUUGGCACUUUCUGGACUGCAAAAUUAAUAUGUGCUAAAAAAAAUUCACCCAAAAAGGUGUCAUUGAAAC